UUAGUUGAUUCGAUUUGUAGAUAUGCCGGAUCAGACACCUAUCGACCCCGCCUCUAGGCCGCAUAGCACACUCCCCUAUCCGCCGAUAUACAAAGACGCCCAGUUUGUGGCUCUCUCCGACUGGGAUGGGACUAUCACUAUGACAGACUCGAAUGAUUUCUUGACGGACAAUCUCGGGUUUGGGUUGGAGAAGAGGAGGGCGCUCAAUAUCGAAGUCCUCGCGGGGAAGAUCACUUUCCGAGACGCAUUCCGCGAGAUGCUCCAGAGUGUAGCUGCGAAUGGAGUGCCAUUCAACGAAUGUGUCGAGCUGCUCAAGAAGAACAUCAAGCUCGACCCGGGGUUCAAGGACUUUUACAGAUGGUGCAAGGCCCAUGCCGUCCCGGUCGUGAUCGUUUCCAGCGGGAUGGAGCCUACGCUGCGGGGCGUGCUCUCCACGCUUUUGGGGGACGACGAGGCCUCGGAGAUUGACGUGAUCUGUAAUUCUGUGGUCGUGGAGGAUGGCGGGAAGAAGUGGGAUAUUCAGUACCGACACCCGGACAGUGGGUUCGGACACGACAAGUCGUGGGCGAUCCUCCCUUACCGGGAGCUGGCGCAUCGCCCUACGCUUUUCUUCUUCGGUGAUGGUGUCUCCGAUCUGUCUGCGGCAAAGCACGCCGACCUGCUAUUCGUCAAGAUCAAGGAUAACGGGGAAAACGACCUAGCGAGCUACUGCCGGACGCAUGACAUCCCGCACAUCGAGUUCAAGUCUUUCCACGACGCGCAGGCGAUCGUCGCGGACGUUGUCGAGCAUAGGCGGACGGUGCAGGAGGUGCUGCAAGAAGGGAAAUGAAGCAUGAAAUAGAUUCGUACAGGUGAUGCGAGGCUCGCGUCCUCCUUCCAAUUAGAUGCGAUAGAAUACAUAUAAACCGACAGAGGUAAUGUCCUUGGUUGGAAUGAGACUGAGGAUCAAAGAUCAGGCAGUUCCCGCUGAACAAGACGCAUCCACGUGUUGUCCUUCCACUCUUCGUGGACAGCUGCGAUCCGGUCGAACACCGCUUCCUCCGUCAUGCCGUACUGCGCGUACCUACCAGCAUCGUCAACCAGUUCCUUACCUUUCCCCUUCCCACGCGUCCCGUCUUCCCCGCGUAAAACCUGCAUAAGCUCGUCGUGAUCGGGGAAAUACAGGCGUCCCUCCAUCACCCCCAACACUGCUAGCGCUGCGCGGAAGAGGAAUGAGUCCCCUUCGAGGAGCACCAGAUCCCAUAUUCGUGCACAAGUGUCGAAUGGUAGGUGGGGGACGAAGACGGGCAUGAUCCAGUCUGGCAGAUAUCGCGUGGGCGGGAUGUGAUGUCGCUGGAAGUUGUAGUACACUUUGGGCAUAACAUCCGCCAGCAAUGUGUCGAAUAUUCGAUAGUAUCCUUCCAUGUCGUCGUUCUGCCCUGUAUAGAAAGAUCGUAGGCAAUGGCGAUCGAGCAGAUUCCGGAAGCAGAAGAACGCUUGCUCCACCGGCAUGUUGAUGAGGAACAUGCCCGCUACGUGCGAAGCCCCUCGCACAUAUGACAACCCCUCUUCACUCCUGGCAACGGUCCAUGCGCACAACAUGUCUCGUAGAUCCUGAUGCAGAGGCCCGUGUACUGCGUCGAAAAUUCGCAGAGAAGGCAUGGUCUCCGCGAUGUCAUCUUCGAUGAGCUCCAACGUUUGUCGCGGAAAUUUGCCAGCGGUGACAGCUCUUCGCGCUCGGGAGAUGUAUGGCCGCCAGGAAUCUUUACUCAGAGCUAAUGGAUUACCAACUGUGGCUGCCCAUACACGUCCUCGCAGUUUCGGAGGAACACCGGUCCACCACAACUUUCGCAGCUUCUUGUCCUUUGCCGCGGCGGUAAUGUCCGGCAUGAUCUCCCUCUCCCAGAUUUCCAGCAUCUGAGCCAUGUGAUGCUCCUUCUCCACAGCCAGCAACUCGGCCUCAUGUUUUCGCUUUUGCUCUGCAGCUCUCGCAUGUGCCAUCAUCGUCUGCCAGUCUUUCAAAUGCCUCCUGUCCUCCGACUUUGGCUUGGGCGGGAGAUAUACAGGCCGCGUUUGACUGAUCACGGUCUCUAAUACUGAUGGUCCUCGGUGGCGAGUGUGUCGUGGUGGUGGGGGUGCGAUAUGUUGUGGUUCGUCGUGAGAAGGAACGCCGUUCUGCAGCCUGGGGCUUUCCGCACUUCCAACUUCGUGGCUUGAUCGAGCUGAUCCUGGUGCGGACGAACUCGUAGUGGACGCAGGUGUAGAGAGGAAAGAAGCAGUCGUGGAAGUGACUACUGUAGUGGCAGUUGUUGGGGUUGUCGUAGCUGACACUUCUCGGCGCGGCUCUCCAGGACCAGGUUCGAGGGAGAUGUCGACAAACUCUGUAGCGAGCUCGGGCGUCUGUGAUAUCACCCGAUUCACAGGAGGGUCUUCGUGUACAGGGGUUUCCAUAGUUGCAAGCAUUUCUGGCGAGGUAAUGUCUGGCGUGUGGGGGGUGCCGCCGUUCAUGUCGAGCGUGAUGACCUGCUUGCCAUCUGGUGAACGUCCGUCCACCUCGGAGAUCCCAUCAAAAGCGAACGACCCCGUUGGCGUCUGGUCUCCUGGAGAGUCCCCCACAACUUCUCGGAAUGCAGUUCUGGACGGAGUCGGUAAAUGCUCCUCCUCUACCUCAUCUUCUAAUGCCGCCUCAGCCUGCUCCUGCUCCGCCAUCUCUCGGAAAGAUAUUGAAGGUGCAAUAUCGAGUUUCUCCAAACCAUCAUCAUCUCCCAAAGAAAAUGCGUCGUCCAAGUCGUCCAAGUCCAGACUAGAUGUUCUCACAGUUUGGACAGGUAUCGUCGUAUCCUGUGCAUCUCCAUCCUUCACUUCUUCAGACUUGUGCCUCGCAUGACCGUUCGGAUACGCGUCUGUUCCAUUCGCAUGACCGUUCGUCGCCUUAUGAGCCUCUUGGCUCAUCUUUAUCCACGGUGCCCGUUGUGCACCCAGUAGAUGGAGAGAGUUGAGCUGUCAGAGAGUGGUAAA